UAUGCAGGGAUGGUCGUGUUUGCUGUCGACUUGUGUGACGAAAAGAAGAAGUCUUAUCUUUUUCUCUCGGACAGAUUCUAACACCGAGACAGGCGGCAGACAGAUACAGGGUAGCCAUCAAGUCAAAGGUGUCUCUUCAUAUACUCGAUGAAAGGACUGCUAUUGACAUGCUGGCUACCCCACAAACCAAGAGUCAGGACUCCACCCACUGCUCCAGGACCUCCGGCACUCCCACGGAGGACCUUCGUCGUAGGAAUGGUUUCGGGUUAUGCCGGUAUCGUGUCUUGAACGUGAAACACGCUACCGCCGCAGGGUCUUCUGCCCAAUCUUCGACACAGGCGUGUGAUUGCGUUGCAGGCGGCUGUAUCUUCUUCGUUUCGCACCAGUUCGUGUCUUCCGCUCCAAAAUCACGACUACCAGAGAGCUUUCCGGUUCUUCCAUCUCAGCCUGUGUUCCGCCAACAGCAGCGGGGUACCCCGUGGUUGUUUGGUUCGUCUACCCCAGGUUCCACCACCAUCGUCUGCUGUGUUCCCAGGGUUACCUCGUUUGGCCAAACCUCCGGUUGGUGGGUAACGAGUCCCUCAGAACCAUUCGCGGUAAAUUGGUCCGACUGUCGCUGCUUAGAAGAACAGUGGCCGGGAAGCGGGAGUAGUACUCCGAUACCAAAUGAACAUGAUGUUGUUUCAGAGAGGAUGAAGACACAUUUGGUGGAAAAGGUAGAAAUGGAAGGAGAUGCAGAUUUAGAAGCAGAAGUAAACCUUAUAUUCCCCUAGGUCUUUCUCCGUAUAUUUCCCGUUACGCUUCCCUCGUUCGUUCUAGCUCAGGGGACAUUCUGCUAAUAUUGAACACUUGGUUGCAGGAUUCGCUCCAAAGCAUGAACAUUGACCGUACGUCGCCUGUGCAA